AGGGUCCGCUCCUGGGGCGCUCGGCUCAAUCCCCGCUUCGAAGCCUCGACUCUCCCCCCCCCCCCCCCCACCCGGGCCCAGAGCCUGGGGACCAAGGGGGUGAUUCUUACUGUGCCGUUUGGAGAGAGACGAGAAGGGUCAGUGGGGUGACCCUGGCCCUGACCGGUCUGCCCACCGGGGCCUUCGGGCCCGGGCUUCGACAUGCGGGAGCAGCCCGGGCCGCGGCCUCCGCCCUGGGGCCUCGCGGCUCUCCUGGUCCUGGCGCUGUGCAGUCGGGCCCUGAGCAAUGAGAUCCUGGGCCUGAAGCUGCCGGGCGAGCCGCCGCUGACCGCCAACACCGUGUGCCUGACGCUGUCGGGCCUGAGCAAGCGACAGCUGGGCCUGUGCCUGCGCAGCCCCGACGUGACGGCGUCCGCGCUGCAGGGCCUGCACAUCGCCGUGCACGAGUGUCAGCACCAGCUGCGCGACCAGCGCUGGAACUGCUCGGCGCUCGAGGGCGGCGGCCGCCUGCCGCACCACAGCGCCAUCCUCAAGCGCGGUUUCCGUGAGAGUGCCUUUUCCUUCUCCAUGCUGGCUGCUGGCGUCAUGCAUGCGGUGGCCACAGCCUGCAGCCUGGGCAAGCUGGUGAGCUGCGGCUGUGGCUGGAAGGGUAGUGGUGAGCAGGACCGGCUGAGGGCCAAACUGCUGCAGUUGCAGGCCCUGUCCCGGGGCAAAAGCUUCCCCCACUCCCUGCCUAGCCCGGGUCCUGGCUCAAGCCCCAGCCCCAGCCCUCAGGACACAUGGGAAUGGGGUGGCUGUAACCAUGACAUGGACUUUGGAGAGAAGUUCUCUCGGGAUUUCUUGGAUUCCAGGGAAGCUCCCCGGGACAUCCAGGCACGAAUGCGAAUCCACAACAACAGGGUGGGGCGACAGGUGGUAACUGAAAACCUAAAGCGGAAAUGCAAGUGUCACGGCACUUCAGGCAGCUGCCAGUUCAAGACCUGCUGGAGGGCGGCCCCAGAGUUCCGGGCAGUGGGGGCAGCAUUAAAGGAGCGACUGGGCAGGGCCAUCUUCAUUGAUACCCACAACCGCAACUCCGGAGCCUUCCAGCCCCGCCUGCGUCCCCGCCGCCUCUCGGGAGAGCUGGUUUACUUUGAGAAGUCCCCUGAUUUCUGUGAGCGAGACCCCAGCGUGGGCUCCCCGGGCACACGGGGCCGGGCCUGCAACAAGACCAGCCGCCUGCUGGAUGGCUGCGGCAGCCUGUGCUGUGGCCGUGGGCACAACGUGCUCCGGCAGAUGAGAGUGGAGCGCUGUCAUUGCCGUUUCCACUGGUGCUGCUAUGUGCUGUGUGAUGAGUGCAAGGUCACAGAGUGGGUCAACGUCUGUAAGUGAGGGUGGGCCUCACAGCAGGCUGGGGAAGCGGAGGGCGCCUUUUCAGCCUUUUGCUCUCAUUUCUGUCCAAGGUCAAUCUUAGCCCCUGGAAGUUCAAAGUAUCUACCUGGAAACACCUUUGGGGGGGGGGGGGAGUCAGGUGGAAUCUGUCAUGUAUGGCCUUCUCCCCCACAGUUAAAGGGCCUUGUGGGGGAGGGGGGAAGAUGUCACCCCUCUUCUACUCCUUGAACACCUGGAUGGGCUAAGAUGAAUUGCACUGUAUUGCCCCUGCCAUCUCCCCAACGCUGGGCCUUUAACUCUGAUUCAUACUCCUUUCAACGGGGGAGUCCCUGUGGUUUGACCACUCUUCUCCUUUGAGGGCUAGCCCCAGGCGUUGUGUAGAGCAGUGAGACCUACAUCCAGAAAGAAACCACUCACUCUCUUUGCUGUUCAGGAACUCCUCCACUGCAGCCUGAGCCCGCUCUGGUGGGUAAUGGGAGACAGUGGUAGAGGGGGUUUUCUUAGGAUGGAACAGAGUGUGAGGGGGGAGUGCUCUCCCCUUAGGGUGAUCGGUCCAGGCCCUAGGGAAGUGGUCUGGCCCCUCCCCCCACUCAGAUGUUAAAGGGGACCCUCCAGAGAAGAGUUUUACCUACAACUUUCUGAGCCUCUCUUUCUUUCUUUAGCAGGAGGGGUGGGGAUGGAUAAUUUAUUGUACUGAGAUUUGUUCUUGGUUCCUGUUUAUAACUAAAAUAAAUUAAGUUACUG